AUGAAUGGAAUGCAUAGGUUAAAUGGAAUUGAAGAAGAAGAAAAAGAUCUGAUCAAAGGAAUGAUUAACCUUGAUCAAUCCAAAAGGCCAGAUUCCAAAAAAGUUAUGGUACAUCCAUACUUUUGGCCAGCAUCAAAGUGUGCUGAAUUUUUAUCAGCUGUGUCUGAUAAAAUUGAUGAUGAGAGAAACCCAUCAUCCGAUUUAUUUAAAAAAUUGGAAAAAGAUGGUUGUGCUGUAUUUGAAUCACCACCAUCACCAACUCCCAGACCAUUUAAGAAGGGUAGUUGGAGGUGA